CCCACCACUGUGGUCAGAUGUUGGAGUGAGGGAGUGAAAGAGGAGAAGAGAACAGGAUUACAUCCUGUGAAAUAGCCAAGCUCAUAUUCUACAUUAAUUGAAUGCCUGGGAGAGAGCAGAGACAUGAGAGGAAGCCUUUUCUGUGCCAACUGCUUCAAGAGGUAUUGCAAUUAACCCUCUGGCCGUCAUAAAAUAAUACCUGGCUUCUGUUGUUUUCUGAUUGCUGGGUCUGGUUGCACGGCGUGGAUGUGUGCUCGGGCCGCGGUCAUGUUUCAACCCCCGGCGUGCAGACCGGAUCGGACCGGCUGUCAACGAAACAGCCUGAUUGUGCCGCUGCUGCUGCUGCUUCUCUACAGCUCCCUGAAGGCCGCUCAGGCUGCCAAACCCAAAGGGCCGGGACACACACAUUUGAACUCCAUCCGCAUCGACGGCGAUAUCUCCUUAGGUGGGCUUUUCCCAGUACAUGCCAGGGGCCACGAUGGCAAGCCAUGUGGGGAGCUGAAGAAGGAGAAGGGUAUACACAGACUGGAGGCCAUGCUCUUCGCCCUUGACCGCAUCAAUAAUGACAAUAAUUUGCUGCCUAACAUCACUCUGGGGGCGCGCAUCCUGGACACCUGUUCCAGGGACACUCACGCCUUGGAGCAGUCGCUCACCUUCGUGCAAGCUUUGAUCGAGAAGGACGGGACAGACGUCAAAUGUCUGGGCGGGGGAGCACCAAUCAUCACUAAACCUGAGAGGGUGGUCGGCGUCAUCGGAGCCUCCUCCAGCUCCGUCUCCAUCAUGGUGGCCAACAUACUGCGCCUGUUUAAGAUCCCCCAGGUGAGCUACGCCUCCACAGCUCCAGAGCUCAGCGACAACACCCGCUACGACUUUUUCUCACGUGUGGUGCCUCCAGACACCUAUCAGGCCCAGGCCAUGGUGGACAUUGUCAAGGCCAUGCGCUGGAACUACGUCUCCACAGUGGCCUCAGAGGGAAACUACGGAGAGAGUGGUGUCGAUGCUUUCAUUCAGAAGUCUCGGGAGGACGGAGGCGUGUGCAUCUCCCAGUCUGUCAAGAUUCCCCGGGAGCCCAGACAGGGAGAGUUUGACAAGGUCAUCCGGCGACUCAGAGAAAACCCAAACGCAAGAGUUGUCAUACUUUUUGCCAACGAAGAUGAUAUCAGGCGGCUACUCCAUGCGGCUAAAAAGGCCAACCAGACGGGUCAUUUCAUCUGGGUGGGUUCGGACAGCUGGGGCUCAAAGAUCUCUCCGGUGGUGCACCAGGAGGAGAUGGCGGAGGGAGCAGUCACCAUCCUGCCCAAGCGGCAGUCCAUCAAAGGGUUUGAUCGUUACUUCAUCAGCCGAACGCUGGAGAACAACAGACGGAAUAUCUGGUUUGCUGAGUUCUGGGAGAACAACUUCAGCUGCAAACUCAGCCGUCAUGCCGUGAAGAAAGGGUCCGGGCUGAAAAAGUGCACAAAUCAGGAGCGGAUAGGAAAGGACUCAAACUAUGAGCAGGAAGGAAAGGUGCAGUUUGUAAUCGAUGCGGUCUAUGCGAUGGCUCAUGCCCUGCACAACAUGCACCAGGAGCUCUGCCCGGGGAAGGUGGGCCUCUGCGCCAGAAUGGAUCCCAUCAAUGGAACUCAUCUGCUCAAGCACAUCCGCCGUCUCAACUUUGCAGGCAUCGCCGGGAACCCGGUGCUCUUCAAUGAAAACGGAGAUGCUCCUGGACGCUAUGAGAUCUACCAGUACCAGAUCAGAAACCGAACAGCCGAGUACAAAAUAAUUGGCCACUGGACGGAUCAGCUCCAUCUCAACGUUCGUUCGAUGCAGUGGCCCGGCGGUGUGCGUCAGAUCCCCUCUUCAAUCUGCAGCCAGCCCUGUCAGCCCGGCGAGCGCAAGAAGAUCGUGAAAGGCAUCCCUUGCUGUUGGCACUGUGAGCGCUGCGAUGGCUAUCAGUACCAGGCGGACACCUACACGUGUAAGAUGUGUCGAUUUGACUUGCGGCCCAACGUGAAUCACACGGGCUGCGUUCCAAUCCCCAUUGUUAAGCUGGAGUGGAGCUCUCCGUGGGCGGUCAUCCCCGUGCUCAUCGCAGUCGUUGGCAUCAUGGCCACUGUGUUUGUUGUGGUCACAUUUAUCCGCUACAACGACACUCCCAUUGUGAAAGCAUCGGGCCGAGAGCUGAGCUACGUGCUGCUAACUGGCAUCUUCCUCUGUUACGCCACAACGUUCCUGAUGAUUUCCCCCCCUGAUGUAGGAAUUUGCUCCCUCCGCAGGAUCUUCUUGGGUCUGGGCAUGAGCAUUAGUUAUGCUGCCCUGCUCACAAAAACAAAUCGUAUUUACCGCAUCUUUGAGCAGGGCAGCAUGUCCAUCAGUGCACCCAGGUUCAUCUCUCCGGCCUCUCAGCUGGUCAUCACGUUCACCCUGGCCUCCGUGCAGCUGCUCGGGGUAUGCAUAUGGUUUGGCGUGGAUCCCUCCAAGGCCAUUAUUGACUAUGAGGACCAGAGGACGUCUAACCCGGUGAUGGCCCGUGGUGUGCUCAAGUGUGACAUCUCUGAUCUGUCUCUCAUCUGCCUGCUCGGCUACAGCAUGCUGCUAAUGGUCACCUGUACAGUCUACGCCAUUAAGACCAGAGGAGUGCCCGAGACCUUCAAUGAGGCCAAACCCAUUGGUUUUACCAUGUACACCACCUGCAUCAUUUGGCUAGCAUUCAUCCCGAUCUUCUUCGGGACUUCACAGUCGACAGAAAAGAUGUACAUCCAAACGACCACGCUGACCAUCUCUGUGAGCCUGAGCGCCUCGGUGUCCCUCGGGUUGCUCUACAUGCCGAAGGUCUACGUGGUUCUCUUCCACCCCGAGCAGAAUGUGCCCAAGCGCACACGCAGCCUAAAGGCAGUGGUUACCGCCGCCACCAUGUCCAACAAGUUCAACCCCAAGGCCGGGCUCAGACCCAACGGAGAGGCCAAGACCGAGCUGUGCGAAAGCCUCGAAACGCAAACUUUCUCAACCAAGCAAACCUACAUCAGCUACAGCAACCAUGCAAUCUAAGGGACAAAUCUUCUUAUCAUAAUUCAGGAUUUUCCAACUUGACGGAGAAAAACAUGCAGCAGAGUUUUACACAGCCGGCAUAAAAACAUUUUAAAAAAAUGGAUGUGUCAUUGUACGGGAGGAGAUCACAGAAGCGUUGCCCAAAGACGUGACAUGGCGAGGAGAGAGAUCACGGAGAUGGACAAA